UCCGCCAUAGAAUUUAGCAUUUCUUUGGCCCAAAUAGGGGUUAUUUUAUCCUUCAAUCAAAUCUGGGAUUAUACGGUUUCCUAUGGAGGUGCCACCUGUAACGUUGGCACUGGUGCCCAGAGAAGGCUGACGAGACGUGGCCGCCGGGGGGGCACAAAGGCCUCGGGUGGGUUCUCUCUGCAGGCUCCUGGGGUUCUGUUGCCUGAGAUGCUGCCUUUCCCUAGACUGAACACUUUGGGGAGACUGUGCGGGUCGGGGCGCAGUAAGGAGGCUCAGCAGCCAAGCAGAACCAAACCCGGGAACUCAGUGAAGCGCAUGUCUAUUAUAGAGGAUGGGGAGAUCGCCGAGGUGCUGUACCUUAUCCCCAAGCAGACGGUGCUGCAGCACAUGCCCUACCUCAACCCCGACGACUACUACCUGUGCGAGGAGCUAACGGACCUCCCCACCGGGCUGGUGGCCCACACUCAGGAUCCCAGCCAGGCUACAGAGAAGCCCGUUAUCCGGUGCCACAAGUGCGGAGAGCCAUGCAAAGGAGAAGUCCUCAGGGUUCAGUCCAAACACUUCCACAUAAAAUGCUUCAUUUGCAAAGUCUGUGGCUGCGACUUGGCCCAAGGCGGCUUCUUCAUCAAGAACGGAGACUAUCUGUGCACCCUCGACUACCAGCGCAUGUAUGGGACACGGUGCAGCGGCUGCGGGGAGUUUGUGGAGGGAGAGGUAGUAACGGCGCUAGGAAAGACCUACCACCCCAGCUGUUUUGCCUGCACCUCUUGCAAGCGCCCCUUCCCUCCAGGAGACCGUGUAACCUUCAAUGGGAGGGACUGUCUCUGCCAAAACUGCGCUGUGCUGCCAAUGUCCCCGGGUCCAACGGAGAUUUCCAACUCCAGCAGUUGCGCCGGCUGCAGCAGAGAGAUAAAGAACGGACAGGCCUUACUGGCGCUGGACAAGCAGUGGCACUUGGGAUGUUUUAAAUGCAAAUCCUGCGGCAAAGUCCUAACGGGCGAAUACAUCAGCAAGGAUGGCUCUCCUUACUGUGAGAAGGAUUACCAGCUGAUGUUCGGGGUGAAGUGUGAGGCAUGCAAUGAGUUUAUCACUGGAAAAGUGCUGGAGGCCGGCGACAAACACUAUCACCCGAGCUGUGCACGAUGCAGCAGAUGCAACCAGAUGUUCACCGAAGGGGAAGAAAUGUACCUACAAGGUUCCACAGUCUGGCACCCGUACUGUAAGGAAACCACCAAGGCCGAGGAGAAGCUGCGGCUCUUACCCCCACCGUUUGGCAGUUACAAACCCAGGCAGCCCACAAGAUCCUCCAGCGAAAGCGUCUACUCUAGGCCUGGAUCAAGCAUUCCAGGGUCUCCGGGACACACCAUAUGCGCUAAAGUAGAUAAUGAAAUUCUGGAUUAUAAGGAUCUGGCUGCCAUUCCCAAAGUCAAAGCCAUUUAUGACAUAGAACGUCCUGAUCUCAUUACGUAUGAGCCCUUCUAUAUGUCAACUAAUGAGGACCGGCAGAGCGUGGGAGAGCCUCAGAGCCCAAGAAGCGACAGGUCAUCGGUGCAUAGCGAGAGAUCACCCAGAACUGUGUCCCCAACACCCUCUGUGGAGGGUUACCAAGAUGGCCGGGACCGGGUGAUACAGAGAUCUACCAGCCAGGGCUCUAUCAGCUCCCCAGUGUACAGUCGCCAUAGCUACACCCCCACUAUCUCGCGCUCCCCCCAGCACUUUCACAGACCCGAGCUGUUGCGUACUGGCGGGCAGCGACUGCCUUACAUGCGCACCAGCAGUUUCAGCUCCACCCUCAGCGACUCCCGUCCCAACUCCCCAUUCCGACACCAUUCGAUCUUACAUGUGAAAGGCAAUGAGCCAAACAGCGGCAGGAAUUCCCCAAUCCCCUACCGGCCAGACAGCCGCCCUCCCACUCCAACUUACGCUCAGGCCCCUAAACAUUUCCACCUUCCAGAUCAAGGCAUUAACAUUUACAGGAAGCCUCCAAUCUACAAGCAACACGAUGCAGCUGCCUUGGCAGCACAGAACAGCGAGUCCGAGGAUAUCAUCAAGUCCUCCAAGUUCCCGGCCGCUCACGCACCGGCACCCAACGAGGUCCCAAAGAUUGAGACAGAGUACUGGCCCGGCCCACCUUCUCUUGCUGCCAUAGGUUCUGAUCCCAGGAGGCGGUCUAGCGUUCGGGAGGAAGAUGGCGAGGAACUGCAGAAACGCCGGCAGCUUCAUGAGGAGCAGCUACUGAAGUUAAACUCAGGUCUGGGUCAGUUGAUACUGAAAGAAGAGAAAGAAAGUAGAGAGCGGACUCAUUCUUCCCACCGAUACGACUAUCUCCAAUCUGAUUCUUCCAAAACCUCCUCCCUCCCUGGCUAUGGAAGGAAUGGACUCCACCGGCCGGUCUCAACUGACUUUGGCCACUACGACAGUUACGGGGAUAUAAGUGGCGGCGUUCGAGAAUAUCAGUCGCUACCAGAUGGCCACGUUCCUGCAAUGAGAAUGGAUAGGGGCGUCUCAAUGCCUAACAUGUUGGAGCCAAAGAUUUUCCCCUAUGAGAUGCUGGUUGUCGGUAACCCGGCACGCAACAAGAUCCUAAGGGACGUGGACAGGACCAGACUGGAGCGCCACCUCGCCCCGGAAAUCUUUCAAGAAAUCUUUAGAAUGACGAUACAGGAAUUUGAUAAGCUGCCUCUCUGGAGACGCAACGACUUGAAGAAAAGAGCCAAAUUGUUCUAAUUCCCUCACCAGAGUAUUGUUUUUAGGGAAGAAUCACUUCUGGGUCAUCGGACGUGGCGCGCCACGGGAAGCGAUCCAAUACUGCGGCCCCCAUCUGAAAAUCACAGAGAUAUCCGCUGUGGGGUGGGGGCGGAACCAAUGGUCAGGAUUAUGGGCGGGGCAAGUAACUCCCUGCCGCUCUGUGGGUGUGCCACUAAUACUCAGCUAGGGUGCCACUAAUACUCAGCUAGGGUGCCACUAGGCAAGGAGAAUGGCCACCUGUAACAAGCCUACAGGUGCAAUCACUCUGCCGCCAUAUUAUCCAGGAAGAAGUGUGUGUGUGUUGGGGGGGGGGGGUGUUGUUUUAGUGAUCUUUUUUUUUUUUAAUUCUAUUAAAUUCCGGACUUUAACCCCCUGCGCUUUGGUUAUCACAUGUGAGCAGUGUCCUAAUCAAAUGCCAGGUCUGCCUGUACCAAUAACAAACCUAACCAACGUCAUUUGCAUUAACGGCCACACCCUUUUUGUUUUUAAUUACGGGAUCCGAACCCCCCACUUCACGUGUAGCCAUAGUCGAGGUGAGUUUGUUUGCACAUAUCCGGGGGGGCUUGCUGCGUAUGAUUGGUUUACUCUAGGCAGCCCAUUCACGUGUCUUUGCCAUUAUUUUUCUAUGUUUUUAAUUUUUCUUUUUGGGAAAUUCGACCCAUUUCAUCCGUUUGUACGACAUGUAACGAGUGCAGGACUGUAUUGUUUAAUCCACUGAGUUUAAAAAUUCUGCCUUGCUAAGUCCAUACGUGACUCCGCCAGGAAACAGGGAUGUAUAGUUCUACUCCAGCCUUGGGCUUUAGUGCAGGGUUUUUAGGCUUUUGUGAAUCCGACGCCUAUAGUGACCUUAAGCGAGAGCAGGGACCUACCAACCAGGGACGGAGGGGUCGGCUUGAGUGGCUCAAUGUGGGUUUUGGUACCGACCCAUUUGGACUGAGGUCCCUAUGCUCCCCGCUUGCCUAUUGGUGACAAUGAAUUCUUUGUAUGAUGUCAUCAUUUUAUAAGCGGGGACCCAAUCGCUACGGACCCGGGACACUCGGCUUAGCGCCUUUCCCUAAUCUCGGGGCGACGACAAUUCCAUUUUAUUCCUUAUGUUAAUCAUUCCCUUAAUCGAGUUUAAUUAAGGAAGACAAAGGGGCUAUUUAGCCGCCCAUGGAUGACGACUGACCUGCUCUUUGGCUACUGACAACGUCGGGGGAAUUUCUCUCGCGAGAAGGAAAACAAAGGAUUCACUGUUCCGACGCUCUUGUUCCCAAUGAAUUGUCUCUCGGCGGAACACACUCCAUUAACCUUGUUUUGUUUUCUUGUAUCUUCUUUUCUCUCGUUUGCAUGGACGCGCCUCUGUUUUACGGGCUGAAUGGCAUUAAUUGUGUUUUAUUCCAGCGGAGUUUGGAAUUAGGAAAGCUUUCUAACGGCCAAAAGAUUGUCUUUCUCAUUGGUACCCGCCAUAUAUACUGUAGGAACUUCUAUAAGGUAUCAGCUCUAUUAAAGGACCAUGUAUGAACAUGUAUGUGAUCUACACAGUGAGGAACCCGCUAUGGUGCUUAUGUCUCGGGCUGCUCUCUCUCUCAUAUAUCUCUACUGCCGCUCAUUAAACUCAAAUAGAAACAACAAUAUU